AGUCUGCAUACGCGUUCGGAAGUGCUUGGUCAAACUAAAAAAACAGUAUAGUAGUUAAGUGAUACUGUUUAAGUAAACAUUCGGAGCUCUCGGCCGUCAGUAUGGGUGCGCCAACGACACUUACCGUCAUCGGUAUACUCUUCUUGUUGUUUGGAGUUUUCGUCGGAUGGGUCGCUUUUCCAAAGAUGAUACAUAGUAAAAUCCUAGAGAGUAAAUCUUUAAAUCCACAUUCGAAAAUGCGGGAGAUGUGGUCGCACCCUCCAAUUUCGGCAGACUUUAAAAUAUAUUUGUUUAACGUUACAAACCCAGAAGAAGCGCAAAAGGGCGAGAAAAUCGUUGUAAAAGAAAUAGGACCUUACUUCUAUCACGAGUGGAAAGAAAAAGAAAACUUGAUUGACGAUGUGGAAAAUGAUACAGUAGAGUUCAGUUUCAAAAAUACGUUCAUAUUCGAUGAGGAAAAGUCACGUCCUCUGACAGGAGAAGAGAUCAUCGUCAUGCCUCACAUGGCAAUUGUGGGAAUGGUUUCAAUGACAAAAAUGUUAAAACCGGGUGCUCUGGGCAUGGUAAACAAAGCCAUUCCAUUUUUGUAUCCAGAACAAGACAGUAUAUUUAUGAAAGGAACUGCCAACGAAAUUAUGUGGACAGGGUUAGAUAUUAACUGUACAUCCACCGAGUUUGCAGCUACUGCCAUUUGCACUCAGAUAAGACAAAAUUCGGAAAGUUUACACAAAGUCGACGACAAUCAUUUCAUGUUUUCUCUACUAGGAGUGAAAAAUGGAACUAUCGAGCGAAAUCGUUACACCGUAAAACGCGGACUUAAGUCACCCAUGGAUGUCGGCCAAGUGAUUCGGUUUAAUGGCAAAGACAAAAUUAAUACUUGGCCAGGCGACGAGUGCAACCAGAUUUAUGGUACCGAUACCACAAUAUUUCAACCGUUUAUCAAACGAGAGACCAUAUUAGCGAGUUUUAGCGGAGACAUUUGCAGAGCGUUAGCACCUGACUAUGUGCAAGAUGCGGUAUACAAUGGUCUGCAUGUGUUUGAAUACACGGCUAGUAUGAUAAAAGACGAAGAAAAAUGUUAUUGCCUGAAUCCUGGAAACUGUUUGAAGAGCGGAGCGUUAGACUUAACAAAAUGUGCAGGUGCUCCAGUCAUAGCAACUCUUCCGCACUUCUUAAAGGCCGACGGUUAUCUUAAUGACGUGGUGGGUUUGAAUCCUACCAUUGAAGACCAUGGAAUCAAAAUGUAUUUUGAGCCAAUGACCGGUUCACCUUUAUUAGGAUUUAAGCGCAUGCAGUUCAAUAUGUUUUUGAAAAAAGAAUCUAAAAUUGCUUUGAUGAAAGAACUAAGCCAAGAAGAGAGGUUGAUACCCUUGUUUUGGGUAGAAGAGGGAGUUGCUUUGAACAAGACGUGGACUGGACUAAUAAAAAAUAAACUGUAUUUACCAAUAGCUAUCGUCAAGUACGUCAAAUACGUAGUGGUGUUGUUCGGUGUGGUGUUUAUCAUCUUGGCAGUUAUCGUCAACUACAACAGUGUUAAAACAAUGGAGGUCACUCCAAAAUACUAAAUUCUAUUGGAAAUAAACAAAAACAUACUAUUAGACCACUUUCCACAUAGCAUUAUUACUUUCUUUGAUUAGAUAUAUAAUCAUAUAAUCAACGUAUUUAUUAUUUUCACGUUAUAUAAUAUAUAUCAAAAAAUGUAUGUGUUCUUACACUAUAGUUUGAGAA